AGACCAAGUUGCUUUGGUUGGAACGCAGAGCACCUCAACAAAUCAUGGUGCAGCAGGCGGAAAGCUUGGAAACUGAGAGCAACCUGCCCCGAGAGGCGAUGGACACGGAGGAGGGCGAAUUCAUGGCUUGUAGCCCGGUAGCCUUGGAUGAGAGCGACCCGGACUGGUGCAAAACGGCGUCCGGCCACAUCAAACGGCCGAUGAAUGCCUUCAUGGUGUGGUCUAAGAUCGAGCGGAGAAAGAUCAUGGAGCAGUCCCCCGACAUGCACAACGCGGAGAUCUCCAAGAGGCUGGGCAAACGGUGGAAAAUGCUGAAAGACAGCGAGAAGAUCCCGUUCAUCCGGGAGGCGGAGCGGCUGCGACUCAAGCACAUGGCCGACUACCCCGACUACAAGUACCGGCCCAGGAAAAAGCCCAAAAUGGACCCCUCGGCCAAGCCCAACGCCAGCCAGAGCCCGGAGAAAAGUGCUGCAGGCGGCGGGGGCGGCGCCGGCGGGGGCACCGGCAGCGGCAAGAACUCCAAAGGUUCAAGCAAGAAAUGUAGCAAACUGAAGACCCCCGCGGCCACCACAACUCCCACGGCCGCUUGCCCCAAGGCCGGCGUGGGCAAAGCGUCGCACCACGGGGAAUACGGUGGCGACGACUAUGUAUUCGGCAGCCUUAAAGUGAGCGGCGCGGGGGGCAGCGGCGCCAGCAAGACCGUCAAGUGCGUCUUCAUGGAUGAGGAGGAGGACGAUGACGAGGAUGAAGACGAGCUGCAGCUACGGAUCAAGCAGGAGGUAGAGGAGGACGACGAGGAGCACCCGCACCAGCAGCUCCUCCAGCCGCCGGGGCAGCAGCAGCAGCUCCUCAGACGCUACAACGUCGCCAAAGUGCCCGCCAGCCCUACUCUGAGCAGCUCGGCAGAGUCCACCGAGGGCGCGAGCCUCUACGACGAGGUACGGGCCGGCGCGACCUCGGGCACCGGGGGCCACGGCGGCAGCGCCAGCCGCCUCUACUACAGCUUCAAAAACAUCACCAAGCAGAACACGCAGCCGCUCGCGCAAUCGGGGCUCUCGCCUGCGUCCUCGCGUUCGGUCUCCACCUCCUCCUCAUCCAGCAGCAGCAGCGGAGAGGACACCGACGACCUGAUGUUCGACCUGAGCUUGAAUUUCUCCCAAAACCCGCACACCACCAGCGAGCAGCAGCUAGGGGGUGGCUCGGCAGCGGGAAAUCUGUCCCUUUCGCUGGUGGAUAAGGAUUUGGAUUCCUUCAGCGAGGGCAGCCUGGGCUCCCACUUCGAGUUCCCCGACUACUGCACACCGGAGCUGAGCGAGAUGAUCGCGGGGGACUGGCUGGAGGCGAACUUUUCCGACCUGGUGUUCACAUAUUGA